AUUGAACUAUACGAAUCAGACAUCGCUUUACAUACGGAUCCCUGACGAGAGGUCAUGACUCAUCUGAUCGCAGAUGUGUCAGUUUAGUUAACAGCCAGCAUGAAUCAAACCACUUCGCUACAUAUUUUCGUUUUGAAUGCUUUCGUGAAAUAAGGAUUUCUUGGAGCAUAUUUCACCAUGGCACCACAUCCAGUGGUUCAGGCAAUAAUAGACCUCUCUGCUGGAGCUAUAGGGGGCACAGCUUGUGUAUUUAGUGGUCAACCUUUGGACACGGCUAAAGUGAAAAUGCAGACAUUCCCCACUUUGUACAGAGGCUUUGUGCACUGCUUUGUGUCAACAUACAAACAGGUGGGCCUUCGAGGGCUGUAUCAAGGUACCUCGCCAGCCCUCAUGGCCAACAUCGCGGAGAACUCUGUGCUCUUUAUGUGCUACGGCUUUUGCCAAGAGGUGGUGCGCUACAUCUCUGGUCAGGAGAAAGGGGCUGUGCUCAGGCAAGUUCUCUCUGUUGACAUGCAGAAAGCGUGCGCAGGCUCUGUGGCCUCUAUUUUCUCCUCUCUGGUCUUAUGUCCCACUGAGCUGGUGAAGUGCCGACUGCAGGCUAUGCAUGAGAUGACCUCCUCCGGCAAGAUCGCCCAAAGCCAGAACACAGUUUGGUCGGUGAUAAAGUCCAUUGUGCAUAAUGAGGGUCCUGCAGGGUUCUUCCAGGGUUUAACCCCCACUAUUGCCCGUGAGGUGCCUGGAUAUUUCUGUUUCUUUGGAGCAUACGAGCUCUGUCGCUCUCUCUUUGCUGAGUACAUGCACUGCGCCAAGGAUGACUUGGGUGUAGGCCCCAUUGUGUUCAGUGGAGGUUUAGGAGGAGCUUGUCUCUGGCUUGUGGUUUACCCAAUGGACUGUGUUAAAUCCAGGAUACAGGUCAUGUCAAUGACAAGUAGGCAGUCUGGCUUCUUUAAGACUUUCAUGCAUAUCUUCAGAACGGAAGGUGUAAGGGCUCUAUAUUCUGGUUUGACUCCCACAAUGAUCCGUACAUUUCCGGCCAAUGGUGCUUUGUUUUUAGGUUAUGAAGCCAGCCGCAAAAUCAUGAUGGCCCAGUUUGACAGCUGACCCCUUACUAACAGUACACGUUCUUUUCUCUUGUUGGGUUGUAGCUUUUUUUUAAUUAGCAUGAACUAUCAAUGAAUAAUAUUUCUUACAGCAUUUAUUAUUUUGGUAAAUGAAUAAAUAUAGUAUUGUUUAUUAUUCAUUGUUAAUUAAUUUGUUCAUAAAACAUUGAUGUAAAUUUAUACAACAUGAAAUGUUAAUAUUUUGGAUUAUAUAAAAAUUUACAGCACAAUGUUAACAAAUUGAUCUUUACUGUAAAGUGUUACCAUUAUUAUCAUUUUAAUCAUUAUUAGUUUACUUCUUGGGCCACAGACAU